UAGCCCCGUUGUCCGCUACGAUUGCAACGCCCAGGGAAAGGAGGCAGGAGCGAGUUUUUAGUGGAAACCUGCGGUGCCACGACUUCCACCUGAAGCUGAAGGUCCGAUGACUUUUUAGGUUGAGAUUGAGAUUUGCUAGAUAGAUGGACGGGACUUUGGACGGUCUGGUGUGUGUUUUUCUGUCUCCUCUCUUCUUUUGUCUUUUACAUCCUGCUUGGGCCCGACAUUUCUUCCCCGGAGCUCCUACUCUGUACUGGCUCAUCGCCUACAUCCAGGUUUUUUUUAUUUGCUUUUGCUCCUACUCGCUCGCUGGAUUUAGACACUCAGCUGCCGUUUGCUGUACGCCUCACCGACUAACCAGCUGGACUGCUGAUAACCUCAUGACUUUUGAUUCAAAAGGCCCAUACGAAAGACGGGAGUCGGUCUCUCUCUGACAGACCUGGCUCCUAUCGGGUUUCUAUGAAAUGUUUCCCAUGCGAUACUGAGAAAGAGCUUAUCACGUUUACCGUGAACGAAACAUCUGAGACACCAGGUUUCGAGCUCGGGCCGCCCGCAGCGGGACGCGGCAAAGGGGAAGAGAGCAAAAAUAAAAGAAGGAAAGAAAAGAGAGACAAGAAAAAAAAAACGACCUAGGCUUUCAACGGUCUGUCCAAAGGGAGACAGUGACGGAAUAUGGCUUCGAGUGCGAUCCUGGGCAGCUUGGGGGGCUUCAUCGGCGACAACAUCAACAAGCAUCUGGUCAAUGGGCAAGCUGUAUGUUCCAACCGUGCAGGUGGUAGCACAACCGGCGGCAGCAACGGGAGAGACAACCCCCAAAACGACCACCCAAGGAAAUCGGGACUCGGCGACAAAUCGAAUGAUUUGACACCCGACGCGAAGUCGAACCCGCACCGCGCUAAUAAUAAUAAUUCGCAGCAAUUGGCUACUCCCACUCCCGAGUCAACACCCAGCCACCAGAAUUUGCACACGCAUCGUCAAAAUCACAAUUCCUCCAAAUUACCCGCAUUUCGAUUUGCGGAUUUGAAGCAGUCACCUGCUCAAAAACAGCAAAUCCCCCUUUCCCCCGUAUCACCCGCCCACAGCACUCACCUUUCCAGUUCGAGUCCGCUUGGCUCCACAAUAAGCGAGCACGAGCCCGCGUCUGAGCACCAGCACCCACAAUCCAAGCAGCAGCACCAGCAGCAGCAGCAUCAGAACAUCCUGCAGAGGAAUCCUAGCCCAGCCCAUCCUGGUAGUGCUCCUCUUGCUACUGUUACUGGUGGUGAGCACGCAACAGAAGCAAACUCCACCAACUCCAGCACAGAAGCAACUCCCGCGACAGAAACUGCUGCGGAACGCAGCGAAAAGCCGGUUUCGACCCAACCCACUUUGACCGCGCCUGGCCUCGACAACUAUUCAGUAUCUCUUGAUAUCCCCACUUCCUCAAUCAACACCAACAACAACACCAAAAUUCCGAAAAAUACCGCCACAAGUCCACUCAGGGAACGACUUGCGACUUUUAACAGUACAACGGCUUCCACAGGAACUUCAAAAACCAUCAGGGCCUCUUUUACAGUCAGGCGACACGCUUCAUUGCCAGCAGAUUCGUCUUCCGUUCACUUGAAACCCGACCGGAUCCAAUACACCAGUGCAAAUAAUACCCCACGAUCUACCGUCUCUGCCGCGAACACACGACACCCGCGGCAUCGGUAUUCUGAUCCAAGCUCCGAAAUAAUAGCGGCGUCGUCGCGUGCAAGGAAUCGACAAGCGACGGAAGGCGAGCCGGCCGUGGAGGCUGCCACGACCAGCACUAACCCAAAGGACUCGGCAUCCCGAUCGCGCGUACUCUUGGCGGGAAAGACAUCACAAAUUGAAGACGAGGCAGAUGAUAAGCGGAAGUUCAAAUCACGGCCUCCCGUAUCGUUCAGGCCUCUGAGAAGCGACGCCCCUGUAAUCCGCGUCCCGCCGAUCCGAUCCUUUCGUUCCUCGGGGUCGCGGAAAAGCUGGGCCCUGGACACGACAUCCAAGACGAUGCGUUCUACGCUCGAUGAGGGCACUUUCGGAGACGAUUCAAGAGACCCGAACCACCGUGAUCGAACCCUCUGGGCGUUGGAGGGUAGGGACCCCGCCGAUGCUCAAAUGACGCCACCUGAUUCUGCCGUUGCGACGCCUGAUGCGGACAACACCGCCGAUCUUUUCAUGAAGAUAGCAAGCGAAGAUGCGCCUCCCGCUCCCGAAGAUGGAGACGGGCAGCUCCACGAACCAAGCGCCGUAUCAAGAGUUGCACGUUCGUUCCAUCGCAGACCGCUAUCGACUGUAAUACCACCGACACACACGCCGACAUCUCCACCUCAGAUAACUCGACGCCUUUCUGACCAGCGCGAGACGAGUCAUUUUCAACGGGCUUCGAGCGAGCAGCCCGGGCAACAAACGACGAGGGACUGGGCACAGCGUGCCGUUGGCGGCAGAGAAAGGUCCGUUCAGAUCGACGAUAGGGCCAGGUCGAGAGUGCUAGUGGCUCCACCUGCCUUAAAAUCGUCUCCAGUGACGCCACGAUCCCCGCCAACCCAUGAUACGCCAGAUGGUUUCUUUUCCCACUCGAGGCGGAGAACAUCAAUCACGGAAAACUCAAUGCUACCAAGCAGAACUGCAUCGCUGAAGAGUUCUGCAUAUGGACAUACCCGUACUUUCAACUCAUCGCCUCUGGUGCCCAAGCAAUCCGAGCCUCAUGCACCCGAGGUAAUCAACGGCCAAGCAGCGGAAGGAACCGAGUCGUCAGCGUCUACGGCGGCCCCGUCGACUGUCUGGGACGAACUGGAUGAUAUCAGGUCCCGGAUUCACAGGCUGGAACUUACUGGGAAGACACCUGCGACUUCAGGACACGCAAUGUCGAGGGUAUCGGAUGAUAGACCCAGGACUGCGACUACUAAUGCCACGACAAUGUCGGUGUCACCUAAACGACCCGGUGUACAUUUGGCUGCAGAUGCUAGUAGUACUACCUCCUCCCAGCGCGAGGCGCAGCCCAUUCUUCUUUCCGCUGUCUCUAAAGCUCGACCCCAUAUGAACAACGAUGCAUUUGGUGCUCUCGAGUCUGCGGCCUCGGAAGUUCUGUCGCUUGCCCAAAUGCUGGGCUCGGUCGGCCAGCCGGGCCCCAUCUCGAGCGGGGCAAGCACUAUUGGGGGCGGUUCAAACGUGACAGAUAGGCAGCUGCGACGCAAAGCGGACAGCAUAUGCAGGAGUCUCACCGAGAUGUGCUUGUCGCUGGCGGACGAGGCAGCACAGCGGAAAAACUCGGCAGGCCCCGAAACGCCUCGUGAUAAGGAGGCAGUUACGACGAGUCCAACUAGGGUUUUCUCGGUCCUUAAUGGUGCAAGUCAGCGACGAACAGUUGCUACUUCCGAAGUUGGGCUGUCCCGAAUCAACACGACAAUCAGCCCACGCACAUUAGCUAGACCAGAUGAGCGAAGGGCAACGUUCCUAGGCUUGGGUGUAGCUUCAAGUCCUCGCCUUGCAAUGUCCCCGGCUACGCCAAAUGCCGAGCCGUCGACGCCAGGCACAGGCAGGAGAUCAUCACUCCUUAUAUCCCGAACACGUCGAGCAGGCACCGAGGAGCCUGAAGAUACCAGCGGUGGUCGUAAACCGUCGCUGUUGAUGAGGACACGUAGAGCCGGGACAGAAGAGCCUGACGAGGGCCGAAAGACUUCGUUGUUGCUUCGAAGCCAGAGACCCGCCUAUGCCGAAGACGAAGACGAUUCACCGCGCGUGAGAGCUCCAUCGCGUGCCGCGACGGAAUUAGGUGCUUUCAGAAGAGACUACGUGGGGAGUCAGCAGCAGCAACAAUCCGCGGCGGCAAGCUCUGAGGCAUCAGGCCUUUUGAGUGUCUCUCAAUCAAGGAGGCGAUUGGUUUUCUCAUCGCUUAACUCGCGUCUGAUGGCCCCAUCGGCAGCUCAGUCCCCUGGUCGCAGAUAUUUUGAUCGGUCUACGCCCGAGAGGGAUGUCAGCAGCAUUGCGACAGACAGGCUUGCAGAAGAUCAGGGCCAGCGACAGUUUACGUUUGGGCAUAGUAGGGCAACUAGCCUGAGCAAACGGCGAGAAAGCGGAAUCCCCAACUUUGUGGGGUCUGCUGCUGCCAGCCAAGUUGGGACAUACAGGUAGCGACAUGGUUCCACAAGGCUAAGGGACAUCACACACUGACGUAAAGGAGGAUACACGGAUGUGAGAAAAAAAGAGACAAGACUAAGUUCGAGUCUUGACGAGAUUUUACGAUUUUAAGACCUUUCUUACAGUGUUACGAACAACAUUUGUUUUUGAUUUUUGGGCUCUGCUAUUUUCCAUCCUGAUAUCUUGACGGAUGGAUUGUAUCAACACGGCAGCAGCUUUUUGGUUGCUAAGCAGGAAGACGGGCGAUGCAAGGCGUUGAAGAAAACACACUGCUAAUUUUGUUCAUUUGUUUGUUUUUUAUUUGUAUAAUAGGACCCGACUUUUUUCAUUUUUUGUUUUUUUUGUUUUUUUUGUUUUUUGUUAGCUCUGUUUUGUUCACACGGACGGUGGGGGAGCAUGGUUCUUUUGGAGUCGUCUUUUUUGAUAUCGCAUGGAAGGGAAAGCAAGCAAGCAGCUCGCGGAGUUUGGGCAUCAAUAUACCAACUGCUUUGAGAAGCCUCGAACCCAUUAAUACCUAACAUUCUUUCUUGUGUCUACCACGAUGCUUUGGAAUUCUAUUGAUGAAACCAAAUGCAUUCUUUUGCCACACCGUAACUAAUCUAUG